UUUAAUUUGUUAUGUAGAACACCUUGUUGAAUGCUGACUUUGUUGACGUAAAAUUAUUAAUAUACUGUGGCAUUUACGUGUUAUUGAAAUUUAAGAGUAACGAAAAUGAGUCUCGAUGAAAGUAGUAAGGCGCGCAUGAACUUAGCGGCUAUUAAGAAAGUCGAUCCGUACGCAAAAGAUAUUGUUGAUACUUCGUCGCAUGUUGCAUUUUACACGUUUAAUGCAGACCAUAACGAGUGGGAGAAGACUGAUGUUGAGGGAGCUUUUUUUAUAUACAGCAGGAAUGCGCAACCGUUUCACAGUAUUUUUAUAAAUAACCGUAUUAAUACCACCUCCUUUGUGGAGCCGAUCACAAGCCAUUUGGAACUCCAAUCUCAGCCGCCUUUUUUACUGUAUCGCAAUGAACGUUCACGGAUCAGAGGUUUUUGGUUUUAUAAUAGUGAAGAGUGUGAUCGCAUCGGCACUAUAGUCGGUAACUUAGUACCAAAAGUUGAUGUACGAGUUUUUUCAAAUGAAAGUGAUGAAAAAAGCCAAGUGAAAGAUGAAAAUGUGAAUAUAUUUAAAAUGCUCUCGAAAGCUCAGCAGGAAUACAACACACAACAAAAAAUUGCAUCCUGUAAUGUUCUACAAUUUUUUGCCGCUGCAAAGCCUCGGUCUACGGAAGUGCCUUUUAUGCAUCGGGCUAUACCAAAUUCUUUGUCUGUUGAACAAUUAGAAAAACAACAACGCGCAAAAACGCCUAGGGGUGAUAUCCAGUCGUCUGAUACUAACUGCAAAUAUGAUAUGACAGAGUCUAAAUCGAACAAUCCAGGCACCCCAGCAGUAAAUUUGGAUUUCCUCUCGGGAAUAGAAAGUACAUGUAAUACAUCCACAAAAUUAUGUCAGCCAACUGUAAAGCUCCAAAGCUCUUGUGUUCCUUUAGUAGUUACAGAAGAAGAACGUCUUCGCCAGCUUCUUGUUAAAGAACCUCCAAAGACGACAAAGCCAGCUUUGUUGCUACCCACUAUGUUUGACAAACCAUCAGAUGUAGGCAAAAGUUCGCCUAGGAAAGAACCUCUUACUCAGUCCCAAUUAAUACAAGCGUUUAACUUUCUAAUUCAAAAUGACACCGAAUUCGUUCAAAAAUUACAUGAGGCAUACAUACAAGCUUACAAUAAAGAUAUGCCAGGGUCAUAUCAAUAAUUACAUGUCUAUAUUAUUCGAAAUAAAUAUUACCUUUAUGUGUAAUGCUAAAAUUUCCAACUAUUGUUAAUUGUUUAAGAACCAUGUUUCUACAAACAUUCUGUUGUAUGGAACAAAAACAAAAAAAUGAACGAUAUAAGAAAAUUAAAUACAAGUUAUUGGAUCAAAAAACCGUAUAUAUUUCCCAUUCCCUCCGACGGUUGGGUCUACAUAAUUGGAAUGGAUCCGGAGUUUUAUUCGGCCAAGGAGUCAAUUCGGAAUCAUUCCUCAAAAAUAUUGGAGUGUUCAAACGCUAAAUCAUACAUUUCCAGAUAAAAUAGAUGGGAGAUGAGAAUUAAGUACAUCAGGUACUAUAGCAUGCCUAUAUUCCAAAUUCGGAAAAAUAAAAACAAUUACAAACGAAAUAAUAGUGUCUUUAUAAUUUAAAUUUUGAAUCAUUAAAAAAAUGAACGAAAAAUAAAUCUAGCAAGGUUUUAGCCCCGAGA